AUGCUUGAGAACCAACUCCCUUUCUUUGUACUUCAAGCUCUAUUUGACCUACUUCCACCCCAUACAAUGAAAGAUGACAUCUCCUUCGUACAACUUACAGGAAAUUUUUUAUCCAAGGGGUUGAUAGGAGGGUAUGAGCUUCCUGAUGAUGUCUCCAGUACAGGAGAAGUAAAGCACUUGGUCGAUUUAUUAAGUUUCUACUACGUCCCCUCAGCUGACACAGAGGAGGAUUCGCAAAACAGUGAGAUUGAAAAUAGAGAGUUUCUUCUUCCCCCGACUAUAACUCAGCUCAGCGAGGCUGGGGUCAAGGUGAAGAAAGAAAUAGGAGCCAAAAGCUUGAUGGACAUAAGCUUCAAAAAUGGGGUUCUACAAAUCCCACCUUUUGAAAUCCACGAUGACUUCGAAAUCUACGUACGAAACUUGAUGGCAUUUGAACAGUACCGCGUACAAGGGUCUGCCGGAGAAAGAUAUGUAGCCCAUUAUAUUGAGUUCUUGGAUGGGUUGAUAAGCACAGAGAAAGACGUGGCUUUACUUGUGAAGGAGGAAAUCAUAAUCAACCACAUUGGUGGCAGUGACAAAGAGGUUUCCGAACUGUUUAACAAUUUAUGUAAAUAUACUCACAUUCCAGAUGACUUUUACUACUACGGUACGAGCAAAAAUUUACAUGAUCACUGCAAGAAAUGGUGGCACCGAUCCAAGGCUACACUGAGACGUGACUAUUUCAAUAGUCCAUGGGCUUCUAUCUCCGUCGUCGCUGCUACCUUCCUCAUUUUACUCGCUCUCCUUCAGACCAUAUUCACUGCUAUAUCCACUUUCAAGUGA